UUAUCGUCAUCAUACCGAUUGGCACCAUCCCCCGCAACAAAGCAACAAUCCCAUCAAUCCUUCUUACCCAUUAUCCAACGCACCCUCAGCACCAUCCCCACUAGCGCACGUUAGAACAGAGACGCUUUAACCCCAUGGCUUCCUCCCGCCCUCCGCCGCAGAAGCCGCUCGAUCUCGACCUCACGAUCGUCUCCGCCAAGCAUCUCAAGAACGUCAACUGGAAGAACGGCGACCUCAAGCCCUACGCCGUCUUCUGGGUAGACCCCGACCGCCGGCUCGCCACCAAGUCCGACGACUCCGGCUCCACCCGCCCGGUCUGGAACGAGCGGUUCACCGUCCCGCUCACCCUCUCCCUCCACGACUCCUUCCUCACCCUCGAAAUCUUCCACUCCAAACCCUCCGAAACUUCCAAGCCCUUAGUCGGCACCCUCCGGGUCCCACUCAAGGACCUGCCCGAUCAGGACGACUCGACCCGAAUCCGGACCUUCCAGCUCGUCCGUCCCUCCGGCCGUCCCCAGGGCAAGAUCCGUGUUAAGCUUGCCGUUCGAGAACGACCUUUGCCGCCAGAUUACCAUAUUAGCCCUCCUCCUAGCUACUUUUACGGAGGUGCCCCUAUGCCCCCACCGCCUGUUCGCGACUUCAGGUCAUACUCGCCGUCGUCGUACAGCUCUACUUUACCAGCUUCCGCUCCUAGUCCAUCGGCUUCGCCACCGCCUCCGCCUCCGCCUUACCAUUACAGCUCCUAUUCCGAUCCGUACUCGGGUUACUAUCCAGCGUACUACUCCAGUGCGCCACCGCAUCCACCAAGGCCGUUCUUCGACCGACCGGUGAACUAUGGCGGGCCUAGUGGGCCUUCAGCGCCAUUGGACUACUCAAAUUAUGACCAGAAUCAGAAGCCCAAAAGUGGGAAGAUGGGAUUGGGCACCGGAUUGGCUGUGGGCGCAGUGGCCGGAGGUCUUGGUGCAGUGGCAUUGGAUGAGGGGUUGAGGUACGAGGAAGAUAAGGUUGCACAGAGGGUGGAGAAUGACCUGCGCGAGCGUGACGAGUACAGCAAUUAUCAUGCCGAUUAUUGAUUGAAUCGGGGUUUAGCCGUUUUGGUAUGGUUUAAUUACUAAAGCGCAAUGUUAAUUUGCCGGUUCACAGUGUAUAUGUAUAUAUGUUUUUAUGUGGAAUUUGGUUUGGGGCUUUUGGAUUGCUGAAUGAAUUAAGACAACGGUUUAAACUUUAUUGUUAAGUGGGUGUUUUAUUCGAUGGAAUGAGUGUUUAUGUAUCUUGGAAUGAAUUGUGUUAUUGAUCAUCUUGGAAUGAAUUGUGCGUUUGAUCA